AUAGUAAUUUGCAGUUUCAGAGCACAUGCACGCCUGGCUCGCUGCGUUUUGUUGCUCCGCUGUACCUGCUGGGAAUUCACCUUGUCAUUGCCUGGGGUAUCUUCCACCCGUUACAAAAUCUGAGAGGUUGUGUUCUUUAACGCCAAAGAGGACUGGCUUUCUGGGGCUGAUUCCGUGACCUUGAAGUUCAAGGAAGAGACACUCUAGAGAAGUAAAAUAUGACUAAAAGCAAUGGAGAAGAAGCCAGGAUGGGAGGCAGGAUGGAGAGAUUCCAGCAAGGGGUCCGUAAACGCACACUCUUGGCCAAGAAGAAAGUGCAGAAUAUCACAAAGGAGGAUGUUAAAAGUUACCUAUUUCGGAAUGCUUUUGUGCUGCUAACUGUCACCGCAGUCAUUGUGGGUACAAUCCUUGGAUUUACCCUCCGACCGUACAAAAUGAGCUACCGGGAAGUCAAGUACUUCUCCUUUCCUGGGGAACUUCUGAUGAGGAUGUUACAGAUGCUGGUGUUACCACUCAUCAUCUCCAGUCUUGUCACAGGAAUGGCGGCCCUAGAUAGUAAGGCGUCAGGGAAGAUGGGGAUGCGCGCUGUAGUCUAUUACAUGACCACGACCGUCGUUGCCGUGGUGAUCGGCAUAAUCAUUGUCAUCAUCAUCCAUCCUGGGAAGGGCACAAAGGAAAACAUGCACAGAGAAGGCAAAAUUGUACAAGUGACAGCUGCAGACGCCUUCCUGGACUUGAUCAGGAAUAUGUUCCCUCCAAAUCUGGUGGAAGCUUGCUUUAAACAGUUUAAAACCAACUAUGAGAAGAGAAGCUUUAAAGUGCCCAUCCAGGCCAAUGAAACACUUGUGGGUGCCGUGAUAAACAAUGUGUCAGAGGCCAUGGAGACUCUGACAAGGAUCACAGAGGAACUGGUCCCAGUCCCAGGGUCUGUGAAUGGGGUCAAUGCCCUGGGACUAGUUGUCUUCUCCAUGUGCUUCGGAUUUGUGAUUGGAAACAUGAAGGAGCAGGGCCAGGCCCUGAGAGAGUUCUUUGAUUCUCUUAACGAAGCCAUCAUGAGAUUGGUAGCAGUGAUAAUGUGGUACGCCCCUCUGGGCAUCCUCUUCCUGAUUGCAGGGAAAAUUGUUGAGAUGGAAGACAUGGGAGUGAUUGGGGGGCAGCUUGCCAUGUACACGGUGACAGUCAUCGUGGGCUUACUCAUCCACGCGGUCAUUGUCCUGCCCCUCCUCUACUUCUUGGUAACACGGAAAAACCCCUGGGUUUUCAUCGGAGGGCUGCUGCAAGCGCUCAUCACGGCUCUAGGAACCUCCUCCAGCUCCGCCACGCUACCCAUUACCUUCAAGUGCCUGGAAGAGAACAACGGCGUGGACAAACGUGUCACCAGAUUCGUGCUCCCGGUAGGGGCCACCAUUAACAUGGAUGGGACCGCCCUCUAUGAGGCUCUGGCUGCCAUUUUCAUUGCUCAAGUUAACAACUUCGACCUGAACUUUGGACAGAUUAUUACAAUCAGCAUCACAGCCACGGCUGCCAGUAUCGGGGCAGCUGGGAUUCCUCAGGCGGGCCUGGUCACCAUGGUCAUCGUGCUGACAUCUGUGGGCCUGCCCACCGACGACAUCACACUCAUCAUCGCAGUGGACUGGUUCCUAGACCGUCUUCGUACCACCACCAACGUGCUUGGAGACUCCCUGGGAGCUGGCAUUGUUGAACAUUUGUCACGACACGAACUGAAAAACCGGGAUGUUGAAAUGGGUAACUCAGUGAUCGAAGAGAAUGAAAUGAAGAAACCAUACCAGUUGAUUGCCCAGGAAAGCGAAAUUGAGAAAUCCAUCGAUAGUGAGACCAAGAUGUAGACUAACAAAGAAAUGCUUCCUUGAGCACCAGGUGUUUGAAAACCAUUAUACAAUGUUUCCAUCUCCUUACAACUCAUUCUCUCCAAUAAGCCCCUUACCUUCCUUUCCUCCCAGCCCUGUUAGGAUUGGGAAAUAUUCAUCCAAAAACAAGGGAGGAUUUUGCAGUGGCCAAAAUGUAUAGUUUUCAUCCCACGUUUGGAAUUUCUAAGUCAUUUCAUGUUAGUCUUAUCUAAUAAGGUACUGAGAUCAAAACUAGUCUUGAUCAGAUCUUACAAGUUUAUGUGGCACGCAAUCCUGUAAAUGUGAUAGUUCUUAUAAAUUAAAGAGUCAAAAC